AGACCUGAAACAGAGGAGGUAUUUUCUCGAAUCUGUAACGUCUGUUGUUUUUAUUCUAUCUCGCAUCUGGGUCUUGUUUUGAGUGAACUACUAACUUUCACCAUUUAAGAAUAAUUUUAAAAAGCUCGGAUUACAUUUCCCCCUUCAAACAUUUUUGAGGUGAUGUCAUCCCCCCGUGUUUUGGCUGGUAUUGUGACGGGACUGUGGAUGAACCAAGCAGCCAGCGGCUGAGACGCCUGGGGAAAUCCGGGAAAUCAGGUGCAGAGCGCGGCUGUCAUUUCUGCGCUGUCGCGGGUGGCUGGGUUCGCCCCUCAGUCACAGCUGUUCCCAUUCUCUGCUGCUCUCCCCCGCCCCCUCUCUCUGUCUGUCCCUCUCACCCUCUGCUUUUCAUUCAACUCUUCCCCCCAUCUUCUGAGCUGGACCGCUUCGGGCUCUCCUCCACUCAAGCGGACACUGUUGGUCAGUGUCCCCCGGGCCACAGACCCUUUGACCCCGUCAGGAGGUGCAGCCAUGACCCAGUCUACCGUGCAGCAUCCGGAGUCUGCAGAGCAGUCGCGUCCACAUCGCCCUCGUCACCCCGCCCAGGUAUCCUGCCUCCCGCGGCGCCUGACCUUGCCUCGUACGGACUAGAGCUGAAGCACCCGCCUCCGUUCGCACUACUCCUCCCUUCUCCCCUUACCGACCCAUCCCUCAGCCCAUCGCUCAUGCCCGUUCUUUUCCAUCCACGGGAUUUUAUUCGUAAAAGGACGUGUUUACCGAUGAAAAGAUCAACUUGUAACUAAGAAAGCUAUCGUAAAUGUUCCACGACGCUCGGAAAAUAUAUUUUAACUGUGGGAUCGAGCGAAGUUAACUGCAACAGACAGUGUGAACAGGCAUGACAGACAACGAAGUCCACCAGGAUUAUUUUCAUAGAAACCUAUUUCAUUCUUGAAUAUUCUGCAACUCAGGGCCGGCCGAUAGAAGACGGAUUUUGGAUCCUGACUGUGGCUGAACUUCGUUUCACCUGUCCCUGCAGCUCCAAGAAUACGGCUGUUGAAUGACCUGACCCCCCCCCCCCAAUCCUCACAUUGCCCCGCCCCUGUUUGCUGCUAACCGCGCACCACCACGACCACCGUGACAGCCGCGAACGGUCACAGUGGCACUCACACCGCGGGUUCCCCCGUCCUCCCCCCGUACCCUCCGCCGCUGGGGGACGCGAUGCUCACCGCCGAUGCCAACGGGAGUGUUCGCUGACCCCACGACCAUUCGUCGGAUUACAAAGACACACAUAAACCUACCGACAUCACCGGAGUGUUCCCGGUACGCGGACAGCAGCUCGGAACAGCCGAGGAGACAGACUUGGAGCGACGUUUCGUCGCGGUGGGGGAAGAGAUGCGGUCCCUUCUCUCCACGCUGACUGUCUUAUGUAUCCAGAUGUUGCUGGUGAUGUGCAAUCCUUUGCAGCAGGUGUUUGGGGUCGAUGGGGUAAAUUUCAGCGUGCAUGUGGAGAACCAGACUGGGGUGCGAGACAACGUGAGCCGCCGGCAACACCGAGUCUACCAGCUCUACAGCAGGACCAGCGGAAAACACGUCCAAGUGCUGGGCCGCAGGAUCAGUGCCCGCGGAGAGGACGGAGACAAAUAUGCCCAGCUCGUAGUGGAGGCGGACACCUUUGGCAGCCAGGUGCGAAUCCGGGGGAAAGAGACCAACUACUACCUGUGCAUGAACCGCAGGGGCAAGCUGGUGGGCAAGAAGGCCAGUAACCGCAGCUCAGACUGCGUCUUUGUGGAGAAGGUCCUGGAGAACAACUACACGGCACUGAUGUCGGCCAAAUACAGCGGCUGGUACGUGGGCUUCACCAAGAGGGGGCGCCCUCGGCGCGGCCCGCACACGCUACCCAACCAGCAGGAUGUGCACUUCAUGAAGCGCUUCCCACCGGGGGAGCAGCCCGACGUGACGCUCUUCCGCUUCACCACGAUCAGCAAGCGGAGCAAACGAGUUCGAGCCGCUCGUCCGCGCUAGCCUUUGCUAACGCUCUCUCUCCCCAUCUCCUGUAAAAGGCCACUAAAUGUCCUGUUUUUUGGGACCAAGCUAAUGUUACCCCGGGACUUGCUAACCAGACUGACAGUCCCUCUCCUUUGCAGCCUUGUAAAAUGACUGGAUUGUUUAAGGAAGACAUGCUAACGCGGCCAAAGCUAAGUUUAUGCCAACUAGCCUAGCAUGGGUUAAUCCUGUUUAAUGCUAAACUGUGCUAAAAUAAAAGAGGACAUGUCUGACUCUGACAAAGGACUGACUUUGACUAGCAGCUGUCUGACUGCAGGACUGCCAGACAUCAUCUCAUCAAUCCUUCCAGUAAGGUCGGCACUGACACACCUGCCCUUUCCUUCGGUCUGGUCUUGGGUAUUGAACCAGACAGACCACACAACGACAGGCUCCCGACACAUAUGGAGAAGCCUAGAGACUAGCCGACAGAUGGUGACCCAGAACUGGUGGGUGGAGUUGGGCCACCGCCGACCAUCCUGUCCUGUGUUUGGAACCAGGUUUCUCCAAGGAACUAUCGCAGAGCAGACCAGCUUUUGGGCUGGACUCUUGACCGGAUCAGAAUAGGUAAACUCAGAUCAUUCCCAGGCCCCUGGGAGACAUUGUCCAGGAUCUUCAGGACAAGGCAACCAAAAUAAAGGACUGCAUCCCAACUUGGGGAGUAGAUAGAUUCCCCUGUUACAGGACCCAGACAUCCAAAUAUAUAAUGUUAAUGUGUGUGUGUGUGUGUGUGUGUGUGUGUGUGUCUGACUAGUGGAAGAGGAACCCAAAGGGAAGGACCGGUAAUUGUUUGGUGGCAGAUGUUUUGACUUGCGGACUUUGUCUUGUUCCAUUCCCCUCUGUGCUUUGAGAAGUGAACUCAUAUGUGAUGUUCAUGUGUAAGUGAGCGAGUUGAGUGAACGAGUGCCCAUGAGGAAGUGCACCAAAGACCCUAUUUGGACGCUACCACAGGGAGACUUUGAGGACGACUAUUGGUGAUCACUUCGCCACUCUCCUUUGAAGGACAGAACCCUACAAGAACUGGAAUGUACAAAUGAAUGAAAAAAAAAAAAGUAAGCACCCAGAUAUCAGCUGCACCAAAAAAAACAAUAUCCAAUGACCAAAGACAACUGGAGACCAAUGAUGGACAAGAUAGCCACACCCCUUUUUGAACCCUGCAACCAAUAGAAAGCACUCAAACACAGGGCAAAGGGGGUGGAGGCAUAUUCUCUUUGCAUUUGCAUUGCUAUAGAAAUGACACAGGGAACGAUAUUCCCAGUUUUGAGACAGUAUGACAUGCUGCUACGAGGACAUUAUGGAUUAACCAAAGUCUCAUACACAAAUAUUAAAGGGAACCCAUUAAAAACUAUAUAAAGAUUCUAUAUAUAUAUAAAGAGUAAAGGCUAAAUAAGCAAUAUUAUUAUGAUUGCUACUAUAAUUGUUGUUAUUAUUAUGAAAUUAUUUCACUUAUUUAUUUCAUCUCAGUGUAUGGCAGCCUUUCUACA